UGUUGUAUCCAUUAUGAUCGAUCUUAUGUCAGAUUAAAGACUUCUUAAACUAAUUUUGUUCUACCAAAUCGCAGAUUUUCAGCUCCUCAACUCAGCUUGCAAGAAUGCAGUAGACUCUUGGAUAGAGUGAGGGAUUUGUAAGAAGGCAAAAUAUUAAUAAUGGGAAGUCUUGCAUGGGGGGUUUCAUUCUCAGCCCUUAUAAGCCCACAGAAGGACCGUUGUAGGCCAUUUUCAAUAAAUCACCAUCAUCUUUUGAGAUACAGAAGAUUCAUGUGGAACACCAGUGCCACCAACAGACAUUCCACUUUCGUCUGCAGUGCACAACAGGUGGUUGGCAUUAGAAGGUAUCCUCCUCACAGUGGGGAUGAAGGAAGUUCUGCUCCUUCUAAUAUAUUGGAGGAGAUUGUUUGGAAUAAGGGUUCAGAGGUUGCACAGAUGAAAGAAAACAUGCAUUUGGAAAGUGUGAAAGAAGCUCUGCCACAUGCAUUGCCUCCCAGAGAUUUUAUUGGAGCAUUAAAAGUCCGUGCAGCGGAAACUGGCUUACCAGCUUUAAUAGCAGAAGUGAAGAAAGCAUCACCUAGUAGAGGGAUAAUUCAGCCUAACUUUGACCCAGUUAAAAUAGCUCAAGCUUAUGCAAAGGGUGGAGCAGCAUGCCUUAGUGUCUUAACGGAUUCCAAAUAUUUUCAGGGAAGCUUUGAAAAUUUGCAGGCCAUUCGACAUACUGGAAUACAGUGCCCUUUGCUGUGCAAGGAGUUCAUUGUUGAUGAAUAUCAGCUAUAUUAUGCUCGGCUGAAAGGUGCAGAUGCUGUUCUUUUGAUUGCUUCUGUGUUGCCAGAUCAAGAUAUAACGCUCAUGCUUUCCAUUUGCAAAUCUCUGGGCAUGGCAGCUUUGGUUGAGGUUCAUAGCACAGAGGAACUUGAUCGUAUAUUGGGUAUCAAGGGAGUAAAGCUUAUUGGAAUUAAUAAUCGGGAUCUUGAAACUUUUACUGUUGACAUACGCAAUACAGAGAAGCUUCUUCAAGGUGUCAGAGGUGGAAUAAUUUGUGAUAGAGAUAUCAUUGUUGUUGGAGAAUCAGGACUGUUUACUCCUGAAGAUGUUGCUUUUGUGCAAAGAGCAGGAGUAGGAGCAGUACUGGUUGGUGAAUCCAUUGUCAAGCAGAAUGAUCCAGCAGCAGGCAUUGCUGGGCUAUUUGGGAAGGAUAUUUCAAGGAAACCUGAAUGAAGACAACCACAGCCUGAGUCAUCAAAAUGUGGGAAUUUUGAGAGUACAAGAGAUGAUGCUUUUGACAACAUUGAAAUCAUUCAGUUGUUAUGAAAGCGAUCAUCUAAUCUUGGAGCUUAUCAUUGCUUUUCCAUCCAGCACACCGUUGGGGAAUGAAUUAUGGUGAUCACAUAAAGAAGAGUUUAUCGUUGCAAAUAUGUUUGUAUGAUAACUAUGGUUUUUGGCGAGAAGGAACCUCUCUGGUCUUAUGCUAGAAAGGAGAGAAGUACUCGUACAAAAUUACAAAGACCUCUUUGGUAAGACCAUCUUUUAAAUUACUGAAAGCCUUUAGUUUACUAGGGGUUAAUAAAUGGUAAGACAAUCUUUUAAAGUACCGAAAGCCUUUAGCUGUUGCUUUGAGACCCCAUAGGGCCUCAUCUUGUUCUCUAAAAACAUUCAAACAUUAUCUUGACAAAAAAAAAAAAAAAUAAAUUAAGAAAAACUAUGAGAUUUAAUUAAAA